AUUUAUAUCUGACAUCUGUAUAGCUGCAUUCUUCUGAGCCUUGCUGCGUUUCGAGAUGUAGGUCAAGAAUGCGUUCAGAAGAUAUUAAAUAGUCUUCCAUAUCAGGAUAAUCGUUUUCACCCAAAUGCAAGAAGUUUUUCUCGCACCUGCUGCUAUGUCUAAAAAUAGAAUGUUAGCAGAACUUUAGAACAUUUCAGUGCAAAAUAUGAGGAUUGUGUAAUUUGAAGUGAAGCAUAUGAAUAUCCUCCUCCUGAUUUCUCUAAUCACUUGAAGGCAGCGCAUUGAACCUGAACACCUCUACAGUAAACAAAGUUUUGCAUAAUGUUACUUUGUGGAUUCAGAUGCAUUCCAAGCAUAAAAAUGGGCUACAUUCCAAAAAGGUGCAUUUUCACAGCUCUAUCCUUUUUCGGCAUCUUUAUCAUUUAUGCCACAAGGGUGAAUAUGAGUGUCGCCAUAGUAGCAAUGGUCAACAGCACAAUUGAAUCUCCUCUUAACGGCUCAGAGGCCGUAGCUGGAUGUCCCAGCUUGUGGCACAAUGAAACUCAGGACAAUGAUAAGGAUUUUAAGGGCGCAAAAUACAACUGGAAUUCAGAAAUUCAAGGCAUAGUGCUCAGCUCGUUCUAUUAUGGUUAUAUUAUGACACAGCUGCCAGGCGGGGUACUUUGUGACAAAGUGGGAGCCAAGUGGUUAUUUGGUGGAGGUGUUCUGAUUACCACAGCCCUUUAUUUGUUGGUACCGUUGGCCGCAAGUUGGGGAGUUAUAGCUGUUGUUGUGAUAAGAAUUUUGGAAGGAAUAGGAGAGGGACUUACAUUUCCGGCUUUAAUUCAUGCCAUCAGCAAUUGGUCCCCGAAAUUCGAAAGAAGCCGUAUAUCUUCAAUAAUUGCCUUGGGAAUUCCAAUUGGAAAUAUCAUCGGAUCGCCUAUAUCUGGAUAUUUGAGCAGCAGUGACUUAUUUGGUGGAUGGCCGUCCACGUUUUAUCUAUUCGGAACAAUUGGCUGUGUUUGGUUUCUUUUGUGGUGUAUUUUGGCUUUUGAAACGCCAGAAUGCCAUCCCAGGAUUUCUAAAACAGAGCUAUUAUACAUUCAACAAAAUAAAAGUGAGAAAUCAAAAAAGGAUGUUCCCAUUCCUUGGAAAGACAUAUUUCUCUCGUUCCCAAUGUGGGCUGUAAUUAUCAGUCACUUCGGACACAAUUAUGCAUUCCUCAUGUUCCUCACCAUGAUGCCGACUUACUUCAAGACGAUUCUCCAUUUCGACAUUAAGACGAAUGGUCUGCUUUCUGCACUGCCAUAUGUAGUCCAAGGUAUAAGCACAUUUCUAGCCUCAUACUGCGCUGAUAAACUGCGAGAAUCCAAAAAACUGAGUAUAACUGCAAUACGAAAAAUUUGCAACACGAUUGGUUUAUUUGGUCCUGCUCUUUGCUGUUUAGGGAUUAUAGCGGCAGGUUGCCACGCACAACUGAUUAUUGUUUUGCUGUGUCUUACCAUGUGUCUCAAUGAUUUCGUAUAUUCUGGAUUUAAUGUCACGCACAUUGACAUGAGCCCAGAUUAUGCAGGUGUCCUUUUUGCUAUAACCAAUACUAUUUCUAAUACUGCUGGAAUUCUUAGCCCUACAAUUGUCGGUCUUCUUACAGCGAAUGGGGAAACUGUUGAAAAUUGGAAUAAAAUAUUUUUCAUCACAUCAGCAGUUUACGUUUCGUGCGGAUUGUUCUACGCCAUUUUCGCUUCGGCUGAAGUCCAACCUUGGGGAUUGGCAAACAGAGACACUCAGAAAGUUGAUGAAAAGAAAAUGAAAAUAUUUUUUAUAGAGCCGACAAGUUGAAUGAUCUUUAUAUUAGGAAGAAAAUAUUAAAUCUUGCACAAAGCUCCAUCUGUUUUAAAGAGAAAAUUGUAUUAUAUAUGUUGUACAAUAUUGUAAAAUAUACCAUGUAGAAUUCUGAACUGUUAAUUUCAAUUGCAUUUUAACCAAAUUAUUAUUAAAAGAAACACAAAGAAAGUUGCUCAAAACAAUAUUUUUUUAUAGAGCCAGCAAGUUGAUAGUCUCUAUAUUAGGAAAAAAAUGAUAUUUUUUGUUUCACAAAACUCCAUG